AUGGGUAUCUGGCAACUUCUUUUACAGAAUCUUGGUGGUAGGGAGCUUACAAAGACACAGUCUUGCAAUUUAGACAUAGCCCAAAAGAUAUACGACCUACUGAAAACACCCGUAAACCGCAUGACAGUGAGAGAGAUUGCCAAUAGAAUUGCUGACAAAUUGCCUGAGAAAAAUGAUGGCAUGACAGCGACAGCAAAGGUCGGUAUGGCGGUGAAGGCUCAUUCGGAAACAUUUUCGCUGAGCGCUUUGAAUGCAGGCUAUCGUUCGUACUCUAUGCUUAUUUUUGCAGAUGGCAUCGUGAGGAUAAUUCAGAAAGCUCGUCGGCCUGAUAUAGAAACGAUGGAAGAUCACCGUGCUUAUGGCAAUGCAGUAAAUUAUGGGCGGAUGCAGAACCAGAAUUAUAUGGCAGAAAGAGGCGCGCCACCACCUCCUGGUCAUCCAUCACCUCAUGAUCCAGUUUAUGGAAAUAAUUUUGAAAACAGGCGAGAAGAAUAUAUGCCUAGAGAUUGGAACGAAAGAGGUAUGGAUGACAGCACACGCAGAGAUCCUUGCAGACAACCGAAUAAUGAA